AUGCCGUCUCCGAGUCCGUACACCAAGCGCCGCUCCGUCGCCGCGACUCCGUCUGUGUCCCCUCGAUCGAAAGGAGGAUUCUUUUAUAAGUCUGUCCUAUUCGCUCUGUUUCUCCUGGCCUUGCCGUUGUUCCCUUCUCAGGCUCCAGAGUUCGUCGGAGAGACAGUGCCGACCAAGCUCUGGGAACUGAUUCACCUCCUCUUCGUCGGCAUUACUGUCGCUUAUGGUUUGUUUAGCCGUAGGAGUGUUGAAUCAUCGCUUGAUUCAAGGAUGAAGAGCGGUGCAGUAGAUGAGUCUUCAUUGAGUGAUGAGAGUCGUUUGAUUCAUGUGAGUGCUCGAGCUUCUGUAGCUGAGAGAGAAUCUGAGUCGUUUAACCAAGUGCAAGCUUGGAACUCGCAGUGUUACCAAGGGAGAUCUAAGGUUGUGGUGGUUGCUCGACCAGCUUAUGGUCUUGAUGGCCAUGUUGUGCAUCAGCCAUUAGGCUUGCCGGUUAGGAGUUUAAUGUCGGCUUUGAGAGAUAACGCAGCUCAUGAGGACAGCUCUUGUUUGCAGUUGCAGUGCAGGACAAUUCAGAGUUUUCCAGCUUUAUCUCAAGUCCCUAAUACUGGGAAUAAGGAUAAGAUCCCCAGGAAACUAGCUUUGAGUCUCAUACUCAGAACAGAUUCUCACCUUCUCGUUCUGUUUCUGAAGUCGUUAAACUCGAAUGUGGAUGAACCGGUUAAGGAGAAGAGUCUUGAGUGUUCAUCACGGUCUAGUUCACUAUCUUUGCCCUCAUCACCACCACUGUCUCCAUCUCCACCUGAUGAUACACACAGUCUUAUCUUACAUUCUCGGCAUUAUAGUUAUGGUUUUUUGUUAGAGGAAGAUGUACGACAAGUGUUGGAAGAUGAAUUAAAAGGGACUGAUGUUAGAGGCGGAAGAACAGAGAUCUUCAGCAACAAGGAAUGUACUUAA